CAGCAGAACAUUUCCUGUCCUUGACUGGCACAUCUGACGACUUUCUGAUUAUCUCUGUGUUUCUAGUUUAACCCAAAGUGUUUGUGUCUGUGUUGUUUUUCCCCCCUAAUCUCUUGGCACCACUACAUGGUGCUUUCUAUUCAUACUUCUUAAAAUCUUUCAUGCUUAAAAAGCCACCACAGGUCUUUUAAGGGCUGAAAAAACGUCAGGAGCUCAGAGGAUCUCAGAAGAUUUCACAUCCUCUGCAGAGAUGGUCAUGGAAAGAGAAAAAGUUGAAGAAAAACCUAAAAUGUAUCGUAAGGAUGAAGAAGAAACUGUGGGCGAACCUGAUGAAGUGUCUGAAAUAAGUAGUGAUAUAUCUGUUACUGAUGGUUUAAAGACAGAGGGUCUAAAAACAAAGGUCACCGCAAAAACUGAAGAGAAGGUCAUGACUAGAAGUGAAUCUAAAAGGAAAAAAGUUGUCUCAUUUAAGCGUGAACCUAGCAAACAAAAAUCUCAAGACAAAGAAUUUUCUGUGCAGAUAACUGAUUCUCCAGAAACAAACGAAGAGAUAAAAGAUGCCAAACAAGAUACUAAAGAACAUAAAGAAAGAAAAGCUGGAAGUCCAGAAAUUUCAGUCAGAACUGUUUCUGAUCAAAAACAGGUGAUAGAACCAAAACAGGUGACAGAAGGUUUUAGCACACCAGCGCAGAUAAGCAGAGAUAAACCUAAAAUAUCAGAAAGAAAACCUGAGUUAAAAGACAGUAGGCCUUUAGAAAAAGCCAGUCUCCAGAAGAAAUUAAAGCAAACUGACCAAGAACAAAAACCUUUAAAUACUGAAAAUAUUGAAACAACUCCAAAGAAACAAGAAACUGAUUCUUCAGAGCUUGUUAAAUCAAUUGAAAAGGUUGAAUCUUUGAAAGCAGAAGAAAAGCUUUGUGCAGGACCCAAAACACCCAAACUCGACAUAGAUGUAGAACUUGAUAACUUUGAAUCGAGGGCGGACACAAUAAAAGACAUGAAACAAGGACAAAGAAGGAAGGAAAGAAAGGACUCAGUUAAACCUGUGACAUUAUUAAACAAAGAAUCAUCACCUGAAAAACUCCCAUCCAGCGAGCUUCUCCCUGAGUCCAUUUUGUCUGAAGUAGUUACACUUAAAGGCAAACUUGUCAAAGUCAGUCCAAUGGAAGGAACAACUGAAAUGAAACCCGACAGAGAGAUCGUAGUUACUCCCUCAGUAGAAGUCAAAUGUCCAGAAUCAUUGUCAGAGAGAGAAACCAUAACUGAUAGUACCCUACAAAAACCUGAAACCUUAUCAAAGGCUAGGACUCUAAAAGAUGUCGCUCAGAAAGUGAGACAGCAGACAGUUGUCGAAGAUGAGGAUCUAUUCAAGACAACAAUUGUUAAAGAUAAACAUGUUAAAAUUCAUCCAAAAGAAAAAGCAAAACCAAGACAAGAGCAAACUGAAAAAUCUGGGCAAGAUGGAGUACCAAAACAAAUACCAGAACAAUAUUACACAGAAUCAGAAGACAGUGGUAAUAAUGUUACCUCAAUGGAAGGGAAAUAUUAUAAAGUUACACUUACUGAAGAGACAAAACCAGAGCUCAGACAAACUCAAAGAAAGUCCCCAGUUACAGAGGUAGAGGAGAUAAAACAGAUAGAGGAAAUACUGAUACCAGAAUGCACUUCCAAAAGACUGGAUGAAGAUAAGACAGAUACAACAGAGCAACAAAAGAAACCAACAAGAAAGAAACAAGUUGGAAGAAAACCAUCUGAAAUUGAUAAGAUAGAUAGUGAAUCAGUAGCUCCACAAGAACCACAACAGAAAUCUCAAGUUGUUAUAGUUGAACAAGACCAGCAAAGGGUCAGCACAGUUAAAGAUAAAACUUUCAAAGUUACUCCUCUUAAAGAGCUGAAAUCAGAACAGGAACAAAUUGAAAGAAAGGGUUCAGUGACAUCCAUGAUGGAGGAAACAUCUAAAAAAUUAGAAGAAGUUCCACAGAAACUUGAAUUUGUAGCAGUUGAUGAGGAAAUGAAUACGCCUGAAGGUAUGCCUUCACAGGAAUCGAUAUCCCUGCAGAAGAAAGAACAAAAGUCAUCCAAAACUAAAAAGGCUGCAGACAAACAAAUUCCGCUAUCUGUCAAAGUUAAAGAUAAAACCAAAAAAGUGACUCCCAUUCAGGAUGGUGCUCCUGAAAAACAUGCAAAAACUGAAGAAAUUGUCACAGAGCCUGCAACAUUUGAUGAUGAAACUGAUACAAUAGAUAGCGAAUCAAUCUCUCCACCACAACCACAACAGAAACUGACCAAACCUCAAGAGAUUAUAGUUGAACAAGGCAAGUUAAGAGUCAGCACAGUUAAAGAUAAAACUUUUAAAGUUACUGCACUGAAAGAAACAAAAUCAAAACAGGAAGACAUUGAAAGGAAGGUUUCAGUCAUGGAGGAAACUUCUGAAGAACUGGAAGAAGCUCAAGAAAAACUUGAAUUUGAAGCAGUUGAUGAUGAAAUUCAUGUGUCAGAAGGUAUUCCUCCAAAGGAAUUGAUAUCUCUGCAGAAGAAAGAACAAAAGACAACCAAAACUGAAGAAGCUGCAGACAAGCAAAUCCCACCUCCUGUCACAGUUAAAGACAAAACCAAAAAAGUGACUCCCAUUCAGGAUGGUGCACUUAAAAAACAUGCAAAAACUGAAGAAUUUGUCACAGAGCCUGCAACAUUUGAUGAUGAAACUGAUACAAUAGAUAGCGAAUCAGUAUCUCCACAACAACCACAACAGAAACUGACCAAACCUCAAGAGAUUAUAGUUGAACAAGACAAGUUAAGAGUCAGCACAGUUAAAGAUAAAACUUUUAAAGUUACUCCUCUUAAAGAGUCUAAAUCAAAACAGGAACAUAUUGAAAGGAAGGUUUCAGUUACACCCAUGAUAGAGGAAACUUCUGAAGAAUUGGAAGAAGCUCAAGAAAAACUUGAAUUUGAAGCAGUUGAUGAUGAAAUUCAUGUGUCAGAAGGUAUUCCUCCAAAGGAAUUGAUAUCUCUGCAGAAGAAAGAACAAAAGACAACCAAAACUGAAGAAGCUGCAGACAAGCAAAUCCCACCUCCUGUCACAGUUAAAGACAAAACCAAAAAAGUGACUCCCAUUCAGGAUGGUGCACUUAAAAAACAUGCAAAAACUGAAGAAUUUGUCACAGAGCCUGCAACAUUUGAUGAUGAAACUGAUACAAUAGAUAGCGAAUCAGUAUCUCCACAACAACCACAACAGAAACUGACCAAACCUCAAGAGAUUAUAGUUGAACAAGACAAGUUAGGAGUCAGCACAGUUAAAGAUAAAACUUUCAAAGUUACUCCUCUUAAAGAGUCUAAAUCAAAACAGGAACAUAUUGAAAGGAAGGUUUCAGUUACACCCAUGAUAGAGGAAACUUUUGAAGAAUUGGAAGAAGCUCAAGAAAAACUUCAAUUUGAAGCAGUUGAUGAAAUUAAUAUGCCUGAAGGUAUGCCUUCACAGGAAUUGAUAUCCCUGCAGAAGAAAGAACAAAAGACAACCCAAACUAAAGAAGCUGCAGACAAGCAAAUCCCACCUCCUGUCACAGUUAAAGACAAAACCAAAAAAGUGACUCCCAUUAAAGAUGCUACUCCUGAAAAACAUGCAAAAACUAAAAAAUUUGUCACAGAGCCUGCAACAUUUGAUGAUGAAACUGAUACAAUAGAUAGCGAAUCAGUCUCUCCACCAGAACUACAACAGAAACUGACCAAACCUCAAGAGAUUAUAGUUGAACAAGGCAAAUUAAGACUCAGCACAGUUAAAGAUAAAACUUUCAAAGUUACUCCUCUUAAAGAGUCUAAAUCAAAACAGGAACAUAUUGAAAGGAAGGUUUCAGUUACACCCAUGAUGGAGGAAACUUUUGAAGAAUUGGAAGAAGCUCAAGAAAAACUUGAAAUUGAAGCAGUUGAUGAUGAAAUUCAUGUGUCAGAAAGUAUUCCUCCAAAGGAAUUGAUAUCCCUGCAGAAGAAAGAAAAAACUAAAACUAAAGAAGCUGCAGACAAACAAAUCUCACCAUCUGUCAAAGUUAAAGAUAAAACUAAAAAAGUGACUCCUAUUCAGGAUGGUACUCCUGAAAAACAUGCAAAAACUAAAGAAAUUGUCACAGAGCCUGCAACAUUUGAUGAUGAAACUGACACAAUAGAUAGCGAAUCAGUAUCUCCACAACGACCACAACAGAAACUGACCAAACCUCAAGAGAUUAUAGUUGAACAAGGCAAAUUAAGACUCAGCACAGUUAAAGAUAAAACUUUUAAAGUUACUGCACUGAAAGAAACAAAAUCAAAACAGGAAGACAUUGAAAGGAAGGUUUCAGUGAUGAAGGAAACUUCUGAAGAACUGGAAGAAGGUCAAGAAAAACUUGAAUCUAAAGAAGUUGAUGAGGAAAUUCAUGUGUCAGAAAGUAUUCCUCCAAAGGAAUUGAUAUCCCUGCAGAAGAAAGAAAAAACUAAAACUAAAGAAGCUGCAGACAAACAAAUCUCACCUCCUGUCACAGUUAAAGAUAAAACCAAAAAAGUGACUCCCAUUCAGGAUGGUACUCCUGAAAAACAUGCAAAAACUAAAGAAAUUGCCACAGAGCCUGCAACAUUUGAUGAUGAAACUGAUACAAUAGACAGCGAAUCAGUAUCUCCACAACAACCACAACAGAAACUGACCAAACCUCAAGAGAUUAUAGUUGAACAAGACAAGUUAAGACUCAGCACAGUUAAAGAUAAAACUUUCAAAGUUACUCCUCUUAAAGAGUCUAAAUCAAAACAGGAACAUAUUGAAAGGAAGGUUUCAGUUACACCCAUGAUGGAGGAAACUUCUGAAGAAUUGGAAGAAGCUCAAGAAAAACUUCAAUUUGAAGCAGUUGAUGAUGAAAUUCAUGUGUCAGAAGGUAUUCCUCCAAAGGAAUUGAUAUCUCUGCAGAAGAAAGAACAAAAGACAACCAAAACUGAAGAAGCUGCAGACAAGCAAAUCCCACCUCCUGUCACAGUUAAAGACAAAACCAAAAAAGUGACUCCCAUUCAGGAUGGUGCACUUAAAAAACAUGCAAAAACUAAAGAAUUUGUCACAGAGCCUGCAACAUUUGAUGAUGAAACUGAUACAAUAGAUAGCGAAUCAGUAUCUCCACAACAGAAACUUACCAAACCUCAAGAGAUUAUAGUUGAACAAGACAAGUUAAGAGUCAGCACAGUUAAAGAUAAAACUUUUAAAGUUACUCCUCUUAAAGAGUCUAAAUCAAAACAGGAAGACAUUGAAAGAAAGAUUUCAGUUACACCCAUGAUAGAGGAAACUUCUGAAGAAGAAGAAUUGAAAGUAGCACCAGAAAAACUUAAAUUUGUCGCAGCUGAAGAAACCUCGAACCAAAUGGAGAAAUUAAUAUCUCCACAAGAACAACAUAAACUUAACAAAUCCCAACUAAAACAGAAAAGUGAAUUGACUAAAAGAGGAAUAGAAAAGGGUCAAUUUGAAACCAUUCAUUCAGAGAAAAAAGAAGAGAAGUCAGAAAAUAUAGCUGAUAAGAUUCAGUCCAAAGGAGAUAGAAAGAAUGUCAAACCAGCUAAAUUUGCUCCUCUUGAAGAGAGACAAACAAUGCAGGAACAAACUGAAACAAAGGCAGCCAUUAUACCUGAAAUAGAUCUAAAACAGAAGAAAGCCGAAGAAGACAUCCAGUCUGAGACAGUUACAGUUAAAGAUGAAUAUGGUCAGUUUACGUUAUUUGAAGAAACAAAACAAGUUAAAAGGGUUACAGCAGCACCUGUGAUGGAGGUUGCAACUGAAAAAUCUCAGGUAGUGGAAGAUGGAGGUGUUAUAUCAGAUACUCUCAAACAUAUCACAGUUGAACAAGCCAAGACCAAGGAAAACAUAAUUAAAGAUAUACCAGAGAAAAUUGAAGUUGAAAGAAAGGUUUCAGGUGCACCAAAGCCAGAAGUAUCACAUGAAGACACUUCAGAAAAACUUGAAAUAAUGUACAAAACCACCACAGUUCCUCCAGUUGAAGAGAUGAAAACGGAAUUGACAAAGACAGUAGUUUCUCCUACAACUAAGGUAACAAAAAGAGACAUACAGAGAGAAAAAGAUGUCCUCAAGAUGAUAGAUGAGUCAGAACAUAUUUCACAAAUCAAAGAAGCAACCCAAACAGAAGUAGAGCAGAAGAUUGAAAAAACAUCAGAGCUUUUAACUGAAGAUAUCAAGACAAAGAAAUCUAAAUCCAUAAAAGAUAAAAAGACAUUGCCCAAAAGUACAAAAACUACCCUUGAAGAAGUGCAGUCCAGGACAGUUGUAGUAAAAGAUAUAUUCGGUACUGUUACUCCAUUUGAAGUCACAGAAACUAAACCAGAACAAAUCGAGACAAAGUUUUCAAUGGCACCUGUAAUGGAGGUUGCAUCUCAAAGAUCUCUGAUAGUGAAAGAUGGAGAUGUUAAAUCAGAUACUCUACAAAUGUAUGUCACACCUGAUGAGCUAGUAAGAGAUAUUGCAUCAAGAAAAGAGGACAUUUAUGAGUCAGAUGAGAUUUCUGUAAAGACAAAAGACACAAAAGACACAGGAGUUGAACAAGUUCAGUCAAAAGUCGACAGAGUUCAAGAUAAAACAGAGAAAAUGACUCCUAUUGAGGAGAAAUUACCUGAAAAACAAGAACAAAUUGAAAGAAAGGCAUCCGUUGCAUCCAAACCAGAAGUAACAGAUCAACACUCUUUGGUGGACACUGAAGAGUUUAAAACAAAACAAAGGCAAACUGAAACAAAGACAUUUGUUACUCCUGUAAAAGAGGUAACAGACACAGAGAUUAAAGAAAUUCAGUCAAAGAAAUCUAAAUCCCUAAAAGAUAAAGGACAGAGAGUGGACAAAGGUACAAAAACUUCCCUUGAAGAAGUGCAGUCCAAGACAAUAAUGUUUAAAGAUGAAUAUGGUACUGUUACUCCUUUUGGAGUAACUGAAACUAAGCAGGAAGAAGUCAAAAGAACUGUUUCCAUUGCACCUGUGAUGGAGAUUGCAUCUGAAAAGCAUUUCAUAGUUAAAGAUGGAGAUGUUAAAUCAGACACCCUCCAACGAUUUAUUGUACCUGACAAGCUUGUUAAAGACAUUACAUCAAAGAAAGAGGACAUUCGUGAAUCCAGGGAUGAUUCUCUCAGACUUUCACAAGGUUCAGAGACUGCCAAGGAAAGUGCAGGAAUGAGUCAAGUCAGAAGUGAAUUUAAAACCGAUGAUGCAAUACAGACAAAACAGAAACAAACUAAUCAAGAGGCAGAAAGGACAGCUGUUGCUCACCAAAAAGCACUGGUAGGAGAACACGCUAAAACAGAGAUAGCUCUUAAAGAUCAUUCACUCAGACAUGAGGAAAUUAAAUAUGAUAAUACAUCUCCAAAGAAACUGGACUUCAAAUACCAAGAACAGGCUACAGCUGAAAGCAUUCAGUCUAGAACAGACACAGUUAAGGAUGUUUUUCUUAGUGUUACUCCAGAGAUAGAAACAAAACAGGAACAAAUAGAUAGAAAGGCCUCCAGGACACCUGUGAUGGAUGUUGCAUAUGAAACACCAUUGACUGUGAAACAACAAGAUAAUAUAUUAGAUACUUCACGAAGGUAUAUGUCCCCUGAUGAUUUAGUGAAAGACACUACAUCAAGAAAAAAGGUGGCCUACGAGUCAGAUGACAUUUCUUUAAAGACAGACAAAUUCACAACAGACACAACACCAAAAGAGAUGUUAAUUGAGCAGGACGCUUUGGAAAGACAACUGGGAUUGACCAAACCAAAGAAAAUUAAGACAGAAACAACGAUAGUGAAAGACAAAAUCAUCAAAGAGUUUCAUGACAAAGAAAAAACAGACAUAAAAACUACCGUAGAAGAACAAAUCAAAGGAAAGGACUUAGGCAUACCCACAAAAAGAAGUGGGGAAAUAGAGAUAAUUAAUGAAGAAAUAAAGAGUUAUAAACCUACAAUUAAAGAGUCAAAAGCUGAUAUUGAAUGGCAAGAGCCCACUGCCAGAGAACCCUCAGUAACAGAUAAAACCAAGAGAAAGAUUAUUGAGAAAAAGACGACUAUGGACUACAAAACAGCCUCUCCAGAAUACAGGGAAGGUGCAACCAGGAAACCAGAAGUCGAGCCUUUUCUUAAAGUGGAUGUCCAGUAUGUACCUCCUCACGAAGUUGAAACCAUAAGCAGAAAAAAAGGAGAAGCUCAAGAGCUAGAAACAAGGGUUUUGUCUGUGGAACCAGACGGGAAGCAACUUGUCUCUCCUCAAGAAUCUUUCAGAGGUAUAGAGGGAAAAAUGUUACAUGUCACCGAGCACAGAGUGUUUUUGAUCUGAGCACCAAACAUCGUUGUGCACCUCCUUGUAAUCAUCCUCCUAAGGAUUUAUUAGAUCCAUACCGCUUUGUCGUCAUCAUUUCAAGAGGAUAUCCAUAUCAUACCACCCAUUUUGUUUGGGCACAAACUUCUUUGGUCAUGGUGAAGAACCGUCAUGCUGUCGACUCAGACAGUCUCUUUUGGUUUCUUAUCACCUGAUAUCUAAACCACCACAGUUUCUUGUUGUGUGCUGUUUUUUUUUCUCAUCCUUUUUCUAAUUCUAUAUUUGUUGUGUCACUUUUCACUGUAUGUGUGUGUUGAGAGAAAAUGUUUUGCAGACAAGGUGAGGUGAGGUAUUUAUGUGGGAAUUUAUUCCAUCUUGAAACUCAACUCUUCCGACUUUGUAUGUUUUCAUCUUUGUUCUCUUUGUGUUAUUUGUCUUUGCAUGGUUCAGUGCUCACCUCGUCAGUCUUAUAGAGGUUCUGAUUGUC